AUGCCUGGCCGACUCCCCGAGGUGCCUCCUCUGGCUCCAGAGACGUACAGAUGGGAGAAGUCAAAGACAGAUCCUCGAGUCCUACAACGCCGUGCGAAUGGUGCAGAGGUUCUUGUGGGUAUAAGAGACAACAAUAUCAAGGGGCAGUACGAUCUGUAUCUGAUGACCACCCUUCGCAUUAAUAAUCUUUCCACUGCCACGGCACUGUCCCUCUCAUCCCUCAAGGAGAAGCUUCAGCCCGCGCUGCUGGAGAUCCGCUUCAAACAUCCAGAAAUUGCCUGCACAGUCCUGUGGGAUAAUCAAGUCGCUCCGGUCAUUCAAUAUACGCCACCCGAGAAUAGCAAAGACGCUCAUACAUGGGCCCACAACACGGUUCACAUUCUGGCCACAUCGAAAACUGGUGUUGAUGCACGGACAGAAGUCGAGCAGCGACGACGACUGGUUGGUAGUCAGCCAGCAAAGCCAGUUUCGAUAUAUAUCGUCGCGGACGUUGCAAAUGAGGAUACACCGCUCACUCCAGGGACCGUUGUAGAUGUUUUGAUGCACAUGAACCAUCUGUACUGGGACGGAAUCAGUGUGCGGAUGUUCGCUGGAGAUCUGCUCCGAAGUUUGAGUCAGAACCUAGGCGUAGAACAGAAACCAUCACAAUAUCAGUGGGGAGAAGAAAUCGCGAACCUUGGUGUGCCGGUCUUGGACGCCUUGGAUAUUGACAUAGGUUCUUUGGGUGACGACUUCAAUACUGCUCGCGACGACAACGUACGGUUUAGCUGGGGCCUCCGAUGCAGAGCCAAAACGGGAACACCUCGCACCAUAUUCCACACCUUCACUGUCCCCGAGAGUGAAACCAUGAUCCGCGCCGUCAAAUCUCGUCUCGGUCCCAAGUAUACGAUUUCACAUCUGGGUCAUGCAGCCACUGUUCUGGCGCUGCUUAAAGCCAAUCCACCUUCCAACGAUAUUCCGGACAGCCAAUCCUUGAUCAUGCCGAUUCCCGUCAAUGGCCGUCGGUGGCUGAGAGAUGACCACGCGCGCGAUUAUUAUGGCAUGUGUCAGACUGGUGCGGUAAUAAAAAUCAAGAAUAUCAAGUUCUUCAUGGUCGAUGGCAACGAUAGAGAUGCGGUUGUGGAGGCGCUCGAAAGGGGAUGCAAACUUGUCAAGGAGGCGUAUGAUCAUUGGAUGAGCAAACCGUUCCUAUUGGCGCUGGGGAUCUCGAAAGAUAAUUUCAUUGCGUCAUACCUAACUUCCCCCAAGGAAUCAGUGCCGUUCGGUGGGAUGGCUCAUGCGAUCUUCGUCAGUGACGGAAUGAAUGACCGAUUCAUUCCUGGGGAUGUUACGAGCGCGGCUACAGGAGAGAAGCUCAUGUCUGUAGAGAAUGUUUCUUUCUUCCUGAAUAAGUAUUUGCCGUCCAUGUCAUUCCGACUUGACAGUUGGAAAGGCGCUUCUACAUUGUCUCUUUGCUAUAAUGACGGGAGCUAUACGGCCGAGGAAGCCACGACCUGGCUACAAUAUUUAGCGACUUACAUGUUGGCUUUUGCACAAUAG